UGCUUGUCUUUUACUAGUUACCUCUCUUUCUCUCUCGUCAGCCGUUCCACUCCUUGUAGAUUUGGUAUAGGUGGCCUCCCAACCCACAAAUCAUCAUAAAAAGAUUUGGGUUUCUUUUAUUUUCCCCCUUUUAACAAUCUUUUAUGUUAAAGUUUUGUUCUUGAUCUGCAACCAGUUUUUCAAGAAACAUGGGGGAAGAGAAGCCUGAAGUUCUUGAAGCUGUUUUGAAGGAGACUGUAGAUUUGGAGAGUAUACCCAUUGAGGAGGUUUUUGAAAAUCUGAGAUGUAGCAAAGAGGGUCUCACUACUGCUGCUGCUGAAGAAAGAUUAGUCAUUUUUGGGCAUAAUAAACUUGAAGAAAAAAAGGAGAGCAAAUUCUUGAAGUUUUUAGGGUUUAUGUGGAACCCAUUAUCAUGGGUUAUGGAAGCUGCUGCUAUUAUGGCCAUUGCCCUUGCAAAUGGAGGAGGGAAGCCUCCUGAUUGGCAAGAUUUUGUGGGUAUUAUUACUUUGCUAAUUAUCAAUUCCACAAUUAGUUUUAUUGAAGAAAACAAUGCUGGUAAUGCUGCAGCUGCUCUCAUGGCUCGUCUUGCCCCGAAAGCAAAGAUUUUACGCGAUGGGAAAUGGAACGAGGAAGAUGCUUCUAUGUUGGUUCCUGGUGAUAUAAUUAGCAUAAAGUUAGGUGAUAUUAUUCCAGCAGAUGCUCGUUUGCUCGAUGGCGACCCUUUAAAGAUUGACCAGUCGGCUCUAACCGGCGAGUCUCUCCCGGUCACAAAAGGUCCCGGAGAUGGUGUUUAUUCCGGUUCGACUUGCAAACAAGGUGAAAUCGAAGCGGUUGUGAUUGCCACCGGGGUCCACACGUUCUUUGGUAAAGCUGCUCAUCUUGUUGAUAGCACAAAUCAAGUCGGUCACUUUCAAAAAGUUUUGACUGCGAUCGGGAAUUUCUGUAUUUGUUCUAUUGCUGUUGGAAUGGUUAUCGAAAUUAUCGUAAUGUUCCCGAUUCAAGAUAGGCAAUAUAGGCCCGGAAUCGAUAAUCUUCUCGUGCUUUUGAUCGGAGGCAUCCCGAUUGCUAUGCCUACCGUUCUUUCCGUAACGAUGGCAAUCGGGUCUCAUCGAUUGGCUCAACAGGGAGCGAUUACGAAAAGAAUGACAGCGAUAGAAGAAAUGGCGGGAAUGGAUGUGCUAUGCAGUGACAAGACCGGGACGUUGACUUUGAACAAGCUUACAGUAGACAAGAAUCUUAUUGAAGUGUUUUCCAAAGGAGUAGAUGCCGAUACCGUUGUUCUGAUGGCAGCGCGUGCCUCCAGAACCGAAAACCAGGAUGCCAUCGAUGCUGCAAUUGUCGGUAUGCUGGCUGAUCCAAAAGAGGCGCGUGCGGAUGUUCAAGAGUUGCACUUUCUGCCGUUUAAUCCUACCGAUAAGCGUACGGCCUUAACGUAUCUGGACAAUCAGGGUAAAAUGCAUAGAGUCAGCAAAGGUGCCCCCGAGCAGAUUUUGAAUCUUGCGCAUAACAAAUCAGACAUAGAACGCCGAGUUCAUGCUGUCAUUGAUAAAUUUGCAGACCGUGGGUUAAGGUCACUUGCUGUAGCAUACCAGGAAGUUCCGGAGGGACGGAAAGAGAGCGCCGGAGGGCCGUGGCAGUUCAUUGGGCUAAUGCCGCUUUUUGAUCCGCCACGUCAUGAUAGCGCUGAGACGAUUCGAAGGGCUUUGAAUCUUGGAGUAAACGUUAAAAUGAUUACAGGGGAUCAACUGGCAAUCGGGAAAGAAACCGGAAGACGUCUUGGAAUGGGAACCAACAUGUAUCCUUCUUCGGCUUUACUCGGUCAAAACAAAGACGAGUCAAUUGCCGCUUUACCCAUCGACGAACUCAUAGAGAAAGCCGACGGUUUUGCCGGUGUUUUUCCGGAACACAAAUACGAAAUAGUAAAACGUUUACAAGCUAGGAAACACAUAUGUGGCAUGACUGGAGAUGGAGUAAAUGACGCUCCCGCCCUUAAAAAAGCCGAUAUCGGAAUUGCGGUGGCUGAUGCAACCGAUGCAGCCCGUAGUGCUUCCGACAUCGUCCUUACUGAGCCUGGGCUUAGCGUCAUCAUCAGUGCUGUUUUGACCAGUCGGGCCAUCUUCCAAAGGAUGAAAAAUUACACUAUUUAUGCAGUUUCAAUCACCAUUCGUAUAGUGCUCGGUUUUAUGCUGCUGGCUUUGAUAUGGAAGUUUGACUUCCCGCCUUUCAUGGUGCUUAUCAUCGCAAUCCUUAACGACGGAACCAUAAUGACCAUAUCAAAGGAUAGAGUGAAGCCAUCUCCUCUUCCCGACAGCUGGAAACUGGCUGAGAUCUUCACCACCGGGGUGGUUCUUGGUAGUUACCUAGCCAUGAUGACAGUUAUAUUUUUCUGGGCCGCUUAUAAAACAGACUUCUUUCCGCGUACAUUUGGUGUACCGACGCUUGAAAAAACAGCGCACGAUGACUUCCGGAAGCUGGCGUCAGCGAUAUAUCUCCAAGUCAGCACAAUCAGCCAAGCUCUCAUUUUCGUAACGAGAUCUAGAAGCUGGUCAUUCGUGGAACGUCCUGGUUGGCUGCUCGUUAUUGCUUUCGCGAUUGCCCAAUUGGUUGCGACAUUAAUUGCGGUUUAUGCCAACUGGAGCUUUGCUGCGGUAGAAGGAAUCGGGUGGGGAUGGGCCGGAGUCAUCUGGCUCUACAAUAUCGUGUUCUAUUUCCCGCUCGAUAUCAUCAAGUUCUUUAUCCGAUACGCGCUUAGUGGGCGGGCCUGGGACCUUGUUAUCGAGAGGAGGAUUGCGUUCACGAGGCAAAAGGACUUUGGGAAGGAACAACGUGAGCUCCAAUGGGCUCAUGCGCAACGAACCCUUCACGGGCUUGAAGUUCCUGACACUAAAAUGUUUGGUGACCGCACCAAUGUCACGGAACUUAACCAGAUGGCUGAAGAAGCCAAACGGAGGGCUGAAAUUGCAAGGUUGAGAGAAUUACACACGUUGAAGGGUCAUGUUGAAUCGGUGGUUAGACUGAAGGGUCUUGACAUUGAGACGAUUCAACAAGCGUACACCGUCUGAGACACAGUUGGCUGGCUGUUGGUUACCGUUGGAACAGUCGUUUUUUGUUUUUUAUUUAUUUUUGUUUUGUCUUGGCUCGUGAUCCCAUAUACUUGUGAAUUGGGAAAAAGAGAACCCGUAAUAUGUUGUGCAUAUGGCGUUGGCCUCAAUACUUACGAGUAGAUGUGAUAAUUUUGACGCAGUUAUUUGAAAAUCAUAUGGGUUGUGUUUUAUUUCAAA